UUAUAAACUGCAAACUAGGCUGAGAGGAUGAAGACAUUCUUUUCUAUUCUUUUUUUUCUUCUAAAAUGUAACCAGUGACCCUGCUAGUAAAAUCACUGCUGUAUGCAGGGUGCGCCACAUAUGCACGACUGCUCCAUGUCCCGCAGUUGCCCAUCUUGACUAGGGAACCACAGGCAGGGAUGCACUGGCCCUUGUGCUUCUGCAGGAUUAUGGAAGAAAGUUAUUGGGACUAAUUCAGCUCAUCACUGCUGUUCAUGUGCCCAGCGGGGCCCAUCAUUAACCUUCUCAGGCUGGACUCUUGCCUCCAAUGGUCUGGUAGCUUGGUAAUAUCCGUUGCUUAGGUCAUUGGCUUGACAUCAGGAAUAGGGGUUGGUCAUUGGAUCUGUAAUCCAAAUAAAUGGUAAUGGGCAGAGGUCAGGGUCCUGCAACCCUGUAAAGAACUCGAGCCCUUGGCAUGUCUCCUCGAUCAAGCUGACACUUGUGCUUCUGAGCUUCUGUGUGCAGAGGAGGGAAUUCUCUCCACAAUUUAGAAUUCAAAACAGCAACUGGAUUAUGUUUUUACAGGUGCUCUUACACUUUGCGACAUGUUUGGUGUUUAGACAUUCAAACUAUAUAUCCCCUGAAUGCUGACCAUCGUAGAUUGAUGUUUUCUUGGUCUACCCUCAGCCACAUUCCUCCUGCAAGAGCUAUUAGUUAUGACUUUUUAGUGAUGUCCUUGUCGUUCAUUGGCCCCUCCACCCAGCUGAUGGUAAACAGAAAUGAUCUGAUUUCCCUUGGAAAAGUCCAGUCUUCAGCUGUGCUACGUCAGUACUGCUAAGUAGCCUUCUUGUCAUUCUGCCGUUGACACUGCUCAGAACCUUAAAAUAAAUUGUAGGGUAGGAGGAUCUCCUAUUUUUAACACUCGGGACAACUAUUUUGGAUGCUUAACAUAAAAGAAAAAGCUGUGGGUGAUGCAGCGGAAACAGAAAGUCCUGACCCUGUUGUGCUUUCUCACCCUGACCACCAUUGUGUUGAGGUACUCCUACCACGAGUCCUCCUCCAUGUACUAUCUGAAUAUAAUUCAUGGCUGGUCAGACAGCACCCUACCCAACAAGCCCUGUGCCUGUGAGCACUGUGUCUCUGAGGCUCAUACUUCUCCCUGGUUUGAUGAGCGUUUCAAUCACUCCAUCAGGCCCUUGAUGUCCAAAAACACUGUGCUGUCUGAAGACACCUACAUAUGGUGGCAGAUGCUUCAGCAGGAGCAGGAUCCUGCCAACCUCACUGCAGUAAUGGAGGAGCUGUAUAAGAUCAUCCCCAGCAAAGAAGUGUACUUGGACUGGGGGGCCCCUCGCUGUAGGAAGUGUGCUGUCAUCGGGAACUCUGGGAACCUUAAGGGAUCCAAUUACGGCUCCCAGAUUGACCUCAAUGACUUUGUGUUCAGAAUGAACCAAGCACCAACAGCUGGAUAUGAAAAGGAUGUGGGCAGCAAAACCACUCAUCACUUCAUGUACCCAGAAAGUGCCAAACACCUGCAACCUAAUACCAACCUGGUACUGAUUCCCUUCAAAACCCUGGACUUGCAGUGGCUCAUGAGUGCGCUGACAACAGGAAACAUCACACAGACAUAUACUCGAGUUUUAUCCAAAAUCACUGCCAGCAAAGACAAGAUCUUAAUCAUCAACCCAACCUUUUUCAAGUACGUAUCCAACAACUGGCUUGAAAACCGAGGGAGGUACCCAUCCACUGGAUUGCUGACGUUAGUGUUUGCUAUUCACAUAUGUGAUGAGGUGAAUGUUUAUGGAUUUGGAGCAAACAGUGAGGGCAACUGGCAUCACUACUGGGAGAACAUUGAAGGAGGGGCCUUCAGACAAACAGGGGUCCACGAUGCGGACUAUGAAUACAACAUCACCAGAACACUCGCCGAUAUCGGCAAAAUCUACUUUUUCAAGGGGAGUUAAUGCAUUCGCUCCUUGUAUAAUUUAGGUAUUAUUAGACAUUGUUUUUAUCAUAUCCGAUAAGUUUAUAUUUAGAGACUUUUAUAAAUUUCAUUAAGUGGAACUGUGCAACACUUCAAAAGGAAUAGAUAGAAUUGUGUCUGAAGUGCAAAUGUGGGGCAGGUGUCAUCGCUGUGGUUUUAUAGAUUUGGGUGUUCAAUACCAAAAUAAAAAUAAAAAAAACCCAGCUGCAAAUGCAAAGUGGGUAAAGAGGGCACCCCUGCAGGGUGCUUGUUUGCCUUGGACAGUUUCUUGAAAAAGUGUUCUUGGAAAAUAUAAAUUCCUGCAAUAAAUGGAGUAAGUAAGGAUCUGUUGGUUUUAUUGCAUGCAUUUAAAAGCUAUUUAAAAUGCCUUAAAUGGGUAUUAGAGCUAAUGCAAUAAUUCCAUUAACCUUGCCUGCUGGACACAUGCAUGUUUGCUAUGAUGGUCUCCAAUGUGAGCAUGUUACAGCUUCAUUAAUUAAAUGACAUAGGAAGUGCAACAGACUAUCUGAAAGUAAGGCAUACAAAGGAAGCAUUUCUUUAACCAAGCUUGGUACCAGAUACAGCAGUCCCUUUCUAAACCACACAAGACAGGUUGUCUGAAAUUAGGAAGUGUCUGGUUUAAAAAAUGAUACGCACGUGCAUACAGUUACAGUGCUCAAUUUAUUUUAAAUGUAUAACUUGCUGUGCUGAAAUAACAUUAAUGUGUUCUCUGUACACAUUACAUUAUGUACAAGUGUAAAUCCAUACAGUAUACUCUAUACAUUAGACAGUACCGUAGUAAAUCAAAUCAAUACCUAGCACACUUUCUUUUUACUUUAGCCUAUAGGCUACCAGUAACACACCAUGCUUCUGCAGUGUACACAUUCCUGUGCAAUGCGAAAAUAAUGAAAGGGUUUUUAUUUUAAAUUGAAACUAAAUCAUUUUAGUGCAUUUUCUUUUUUUACUGUAGCCCACUUCAUACACAAUUAACACAACAUAGAUCACUAUACAGUAGCUUACUGUCACAAAGAUGGCCGGAGUGGGUGGCGUCAGACCAGAGCCAGGAAAUAAAUAAACAAAACGAGAGGUAGAGUUUGGUGAAGCUGAGCGAAUUCUUUCGCUCAGCAUUUAAUAAACAAAACAGAAAAUAAAAGGUUUGAAACAAAAACACAGGACACGGCACUAUACGCCAAAAUAAAAAGACAAACAAAACGUACUACACUUAAACAGACAGACGAACAAACACGGUGAGUGAAAACACUAUUCUUAAGUUACGUUAUUUUACUUUAUUUUUCCUCCUCUCUCCCGUUCUCCACUCACCGAACACCCAACCACGAGUGAAAGAAAAUGUGUCUAUAUAUACACUGUUGUGCUGGGAUUCAAUUACUAAUUAAUUAUUCACUUGAAUCCCAGCACGUGAAUUAAUUCUGUGCAACCCUGUGCUUACAUAUUACAUUUAACCAGCACGUGAAGUGAUUUGUGCCCUCCUCGUGCCUAAAUACAAAUCUACACUUUUUAAAUCACACGUGAAACACAGACCCGUUUAUAUCCCCGUGUACCAGUGACUAUACACCAACAUUAACACACGCACGCAACAUACAACACAUAAUAUGCACACAGGGGCGGGGCACAUUGCCACACUUACAUACACUGCACACACUUUACAUGGACAAGUUCACCGUGUACGCGUGGCUGCAAGUAGAACACAUAGCUCACCUGCUACUUUUCUUUUUUGUUGGUAAGAGUCAGGCUUUGCAAAAGCAAUUAAAGACACUCAAAUUAAAAAAAAUGUAUUAUUGUAUUCCACAUCGUGCGUUUUCAACCACUGGGCACCAUGAUUAUUUUUGAAAGCUUCUUGGUUGCAGCUAGUUUAAACUCUGUACAGUAUGUUUAUAUGCCCUAUUUUAAUGAUGUUCUUCAUUUUAGACAUUUGCAAGCUGCUUGGAUCUGUUUUCCCGUUUAUUUUCGUCCUGUCUUUGAUGUCAGUAUAACAGCCAGGGUUUUUCUUUCAGUGUGUCUAAUAAGGUGGUAAAUGCACGAAAUUUUGCUUUUCGGACAAUUACAGGUUAAUCUUAUGAUUUACCAAAGCAUAUUGGUAAAUGCAGGUAUAUCAUCGAAUAAUUGAUUUAUUCCUGCAUAUAAAUUGUCAAUUAACAAAAUAAUCAUUAAUGUCGAACAAUGUAUUCAUUUCUGCAUACCCAUUUUCCAUUCACAAAAUAAUCAUUAAUCAGCUAACGGUAACGGACAAUUGAGCAAUUUUAAGUAGUUGAACACGGUUCUGAACAAUAUUGUGAUCCACUUAUGUAGAACAACCAACAUUCUGGUAAAUUUGCAAAUAAAACUAUUCACAAUGGUGUUGAAAGAUAUUGUACUCCAAAUACAUAGUAGUUUGCUGAAAAAUAACAUUCUGUUAAAUGCAAAUUAAAUCAUUUAGGACCUUUGUUUUUUCAAUAGAAAAUCACACUUUGGUUAU